AUGGCUCCCUUGCCAAAGAAUCUGUUUGAAGCCUUGACUAAGGCUGCUCGCUCGGCUCCUGAGAAGGGCCUCUCCAUCUACCCUCCGGGUCAAACGGAAGGAAAGCCUACUAGGAUCACCUAUUCCGAGCUCCUCAGAGAUGCCCUCAUCCGAGGAAACUCGAUAAAGACUAUCCCUGGCCUGACUCCAGACAAGAUCGUCCUCAUCCACUUAGAUAACCACGAAGACAAUGUCCGCUGGCUAUGGGCUGUCCUGGCCGCCGGCCAGGUGCCCGCCAUCUCGGUUCCAUUUACCAACAAUCUCGACCAACGCCGCAAGCAUAUCGAGCAUCUGCAGGAGGUCCUACACGAUCCCGUCGUGCUGACCAGGAAACAUCUGGUCGCCGAGUUUCUGGACCUUCCUGGGCUUGCUAUCCACCCUGUUGAGGAGCUGGACAUCCACAACACUCCCUUCCAGGUCGACUACGUCUUGCAGAACGGGUUCACCAAGUCGCCUGACGAUUUAGCAGCCCUGAUGCUGACCUCCGGCAGCACCGGAAAUGCCAAAGCUGUUGCCCUUCGACAUGGCCAGAUGCUGAAUGCUGUUGCAGGCAAGUCCGCCUGCCACGCUACACAUUCUGAUGAAGCCUUCUUGAACUGGAUCGGCAUGGAUCAUGUCGCCAAUCUGACAGAAGUGCAUCUACAUGCGAUGACCGUGGGUGCCGAUCAGGUGCACGUCCAUGCCGGCGAUCUUCUAGCAAAUCCGCUUUUGUUCCUGCAACUUAUCGACCGCCACGCCGUCGGAUACACCUUCGCACCAAACUUCUUCCUCGCUAGCGUAAGAAAGGCGCUCGAAAAGGUUCUGCUGCCACAUUUGCCUGUUGAGAAAGCUGCCAGCCUGGGGCUCCCCAAUAUCUCCACCUUGCGCUGCCUCAUCUCGGGCGGCGAAGCCAACUCGACAGCGCUGUGUGCCGCCCUGACCAAGCUGCUCCAGCCCCUGGGAGGCUCCUACGAUUUCAUCCGCCCGGGUUUCGGUAUGACCGAGACCUGUGCAGGGAGCAUCUAUAAUAUCGACUGCCCGCGCAGUGAUCUCGCCCUUGACCGGGAAUUUACUUCGCUAGGCUACUGCAUUCCGGGCAUGGAAAUGCGGGUACGCAACGCCGAGGGCGGUAAUUGUGGUGCCAACGAUUUUGGUCAUCUGGAAGUGCGCGGCGUCAACGUGUUCAACGAGUACUAUAACAAUCCGACCGCGACACAGGAGUCCUUCACACCAGACGGCUGGUUCGUCACUGGGGACCUAGCCUUCCUAGAUGAAAAGCGACGGCUCCAUAUGAUUGGCCGAGGCAAGGAAUCCAUCAACAUUAACGGUCUCAAAUACUACCCUCACGAGAUUGAAGGCGCCAUCGAGGAUGCCCAUAUUCCUGGUGUGACGCCUUCGUACACAGCUAUCUUCCCUUACCGCGUACCGGGUGCCGCGUCCGAGACGCUCUGUGCAGUCUACCUCCCUACCUAUGCCGUCGACGAGAUCUCCACACGCCUCAACACUCGCGAUAAACUACGUACCGUUAUCAUGCAGCAGUGCAUGGUGCGGCCGUAUCGUAUCAUCCCUUUAGACCGAGAAUUCCUACCCAAGACUGCUCUCGGCAAGCUCUCGCGCGCCAAAAUCAGGAAGGCAUUCGAAGCGGGUAUGUAUAAUGCUAGCAUCAAGCAGGAUGAGAUAUACCUGGCUCAGGCCACUGGGGCAGCACACCUGCAACCUACAACGCCGGCAGAAGUGGCAGUGCAGGCCAUUUUCGCCGAGGUAUUCGGCGCAUCUCGCUCUGAGCUGGGCAUCCACACCAGCAUGCUCGAUAUGGGCUGCUCGUCGAUUGAGAUCUUCCAGAUCAAGUGGCUACUGCAGAAUGAUCCGGCUCUGGUUGAUAACGUCCCCAUCACGACUAUUAUUGGCCACCCGACUAUUCAAGGCCUUGCCGCCGCUUUGGACCCAGCUGCCACAGGCGUAUCCAAGCCUUACGACCCAGUGGUAAAACUCCGCCAAGGUGGAAGCAAGACCCCGCUAUGGCUAGUACACCCCGGUGUUGGUGAGGUGCUCGUAUUCUUGACCCUGGCCAACCAAUUCACUGAUCGGCCUGUGUAUGCGCUGCGUGCCCGCGGCUUCGACGGCGAGCCUUUCUUCGGAAGUGUCGACGAGAUGGUUGACACCUAUCGCGAAGCAAUUCAGCGCGUGCAACCUACCGGGCCGUAUGCCAUCGCCGGAUACUCAUACGGUGGCACAGUAUCGUUUGAGAUUGCUAAGAAGCUGAAUCGCGACGGCUUCGAGACGCCAUUUUUGGCCGUCUUCGAUCAGCCGCCACACAUCAAGGAUCGCAUGCGCCAUGGCGGUUGGGCAGACGUCCUUUUAACGCUAGCUCGCUUCUUUGAUCUACUGCCUAACCCUGAAGAUGAAGAGACCGUUGCGGCUGAGCUGCGCGCGGUGGGUGGUGGGCUUGAAGAUGACACGAACAAGGACAAACUUGUGGAUAUCCUCCUAUCGUCGGCCUCGAAUCAACGGUUACAGGAAUUCGGACUCGACAAGAAUCGACUGGCCACCUGGACUAGCUUGGCACUGAAUUCGCAUACAAUAGCGCGCCAUUACGAGCCCCAAGGUAACGUACCCCUCUUGGAGGUAUUUUACGGGCAGCCCAUCGAGGCGGUGGCGCGGACCAAGGCUGAGUGGCUUGAGCACAAACUGUCACGGUGGAAUCAAUAUGUAACAGACGUGCAGUUCCAUGAGGUGGCGGGUCAUCAUUACACCCUGUUGGCGCCCGAGAACGUGCAGGGCUUUUACCGGACUUUGCAGACCCGGUUGGAAGCCAGGGGAGUUUAG